GUUUGAAGUUGAUUUCCUUAUCCACAUUAUAAAAAACAUUCCUGGGGUUAAAGAAUCCCUUACUUCUCACACUUAUAACUAAGGUACCUAUAAGGGGAAGUGGUUUAAAGGGAACAUUCAUUUUUCCUGAAUAGCUUGCAUUUAAAGUCAGUGAUAACUAAUAUGCUUUCAGACUUCAGUACCUGCCGUUAAACCACAGGCAUUUUAGACUUCCAUGGAAACUCAUGACACUGACCUUAGACUUUGAUUAUCUUUGACUUGUGCAUUGUGAUUCCUCUCACGAGACCAUGUCGGGCAAGAAUGGUCAGCCAGUGCUGAUCCUUACUCUGAUUUACAGUUGACUCGGUGACUGUGCCAGCCAGCCGGCGGUAGCGGGGGCGGCCCGGCGAUGCGGCCUUCGUCUGCCUCGCUGCCGGCCCUGCUGUACACGGUGCUGGUGCUGUCACUUGGCCUGUACGUGUUCCUGAGCGGCUUCCUGCUGCGGCGGAAUGCCUUCUCCGACCGGGCGCGCCGCUGCGAGUCGGCCGGCAGUGACGGCGCCGACCCAUGCGCCGUGCCGGCCACCUACCGGCGCUCGGUGCUGCUGAUCGUUGACGCCCUGCGGCACGACUUCCUCGUGUACAACGAGUCGCUGCCGGCGGCCGCCGCGGCUCCGCACCAGAACAAGAUGCCGCACGUGCACGCGCUGCUGACAGAGCGGCCCAACCACACGGCGCGCUAUCGGUUUGUGGCGGAUGCGCCGACCACCACCAUGCAGCGGCUGAAGGGGCUCACCACCGGCUCCCUGCCCACUUUCGUCGACGUCGGCGACAACUUCGCCAGCUACGAGAUCACCGAAGACACGUGGCUGUGGCAGGCGGGCGCCGCCGGCGGACGGGCCGUGUUCGCCGGCGACGAUACCUGGAUGCAACUGUUUCCGAGCGCGUUCGCGCGCGCGGCGCCGUUUCCCUCAUUCGACAUAAGUGAUCUGGAUACAGUGGACCGUGGCGUGGAGCGUGAGCUGGCGCGCGAGCUGCCGCGUCGCGACUGGACGCUGCUGAUCGGUCACAUGCUGGGCGUGGACCACUGCGGUCAUACGUUCGGACCGGACCACCCGCAGAUGGCCAGGAAGCUGGCUGAGGUGGACCUGUUGGUACGGAACAUCACCCACCAGCUGGACAACGACACCAUCCUGUUCGUGCUCGGCGACCACGGCAUGACGCGUACCGGAGACCACGGUGGUGAUAGUGCCGCGGAGGUGGACGCCGGUCUCCUGGUGGUCUCUGGCCGCCCGCUGCCGGCUGCCGCCGCCGCCCGGCCCGACGCCAUCCCGCAGGUGGACCUGGUGCCCACACUGUCGGCGCUGCUCGGCCUGCCAAUUCCCUUCUCCAACCUGGGCACGGUGCGCGCGGAGCUGCUGCCGGCAGCACUGCGCGCGCCGGCGCUGGCGGCCAACGUCCGUCAAGUGGACGCCUACCUGCGCCGCCUGGAGUGGCCGCAGCCGCCGGCGGCUCCGGAUGCCGCCGCGCCGCCGCCGGUCGCCGAGCAGUUCCUGGCCGAGGCGCGGCGCCGCUGCGCCCAGGUAUGGGCUACAUUCGACACUGGGCUGAUGGCGGCUGGCGUGGUGCUGUUGGCGCUGGCGGCGCUGCUGGCUGCUGCUCUGGCGCUGCUGGCGCCCGCGCUGCCGGCCGAGACAGUGCUGAGCGCCCAGCGCGGCGUGCUGCUGGUCACGCCGCUGCUGGCGGCGCCGGUGCUGGCCGUCGGCUGGCAGCUGGAGGCGGCGGCGCCGGUGCUGGCGCUGCUGCUGGCCGCCGCCGCCGUCACGGCCACGGUCGGCGUGUGCGCGCUGCGUCUGCGCAGUGCGGUGGUGGCGCUGGUCGGACGGCGCGGGUGGCCACGGCCAGGCCCGCGCGGCGUGGUCGCAUCCCUGCUGCUGUUGGUACACGGGGCCAGUUUCUUCUCCAACAGCUUCACCGUCAGCGAGGACCGCGUGACGGCCUUUGUGACGGUGACGGCUCUGUUGGCGCACCUGCUGCCGGUGGCCGGCGGUGUGCGCGUGGCGCGCUCACUGCCGCAGCUGGUGGCGGCGUUCAGCAGUGGUCUGCUGGUGCGGCUCGGCUGGCUCGGGUUCGCCUGUCGCGAGGAGCAGUGGUGGUGCGAGCCGGGCCUGGUGCACCGGCCGCUGGCCAGUCUCCAGGACAACAGCUACCGGAACGGACGCCUGUCGAUGGCGGCCGCCAGCCUGCUGCUCGUGCUGCUGGCGCACCGGGCGUUCCUGCGCCACUGCGGCAACCUGAACGGUUUCUCUGUGACGGAGCUGGUGGCGCGCUGGUGCGGCUGGCUGUCGGCCGCCGGCCUGCUCGGCUGCUGGGCGCUGCAGGCCAUCGAGCCGGCGGCUGUGGCGCUGCUGGCGCCCGCCCAGCGCCGGCUGCCGGUGCUGCUGGCGCUGGGCGCCGCCGGCCUGGCGCUGACUGUGCUGGUGGCGCGGCCGCUGCUGGUGUACGUGCGGCCCGAGCUGGCCGGACAGCGGCUGGUGACGCGCGUGUUCCACCGGCUGCGGCACCAGCUGAGCGGCGCUCCCGGCGAGCUGCGCGUGUUCGGGCUGGGCUCGGCGGUCAGCGCGGCGCUGCUGACGGCCCUGCUGGCCGGCUGGCUGCCGCUGGUGCUGCUGCUGGGCGACGGGCGCACGCCGGCCGCCGCGCUGGGGCUGGCGCUCACCGCGCUGGCAGCUGUGCUGGUCGGCGCUGAUGGAGUCACAGCCGGCGGCGACUGGUCGGCAGCGGUCUUGUGGGCUGAGCUCGCGUCGUUCCAGUUCUUCGCCACCGGCCACCAGGCGACGUUUCCGUCCAUUCAGUGGGACGCCGCCGUGACAGGACUGCAGAUGGCGCCGGAGGGCACCCUGCUGCCCGGUCUGUGUGUGCUCCUCUCCACGUUCGCUGGAGAACUGGUGGCCGCUGUUACCCUGCCGCUGGUGCUCUGUGCGCCGCACCUGUUCAAGGUGUUGACGGAGCGGGCGACCGGCUCGCGCGGCGAGCUCGCCCUGCUGCUCGAUCCGGACACCACCAUGCAGCGACUGCUCUCGCUCAAUAUGCUCUACAUGGUGGCCAAGGCGGUGAAGCUGAUCCUCUGCUGCCUGGCGGCGGCCAUACUGCGCCGUCACCUGAUGGUGUGGAAGAUAUUCGCGCCUAAAGUGCUGUUCGAGGGCGCCUCGUUUCUGGUAGCGGGUACCGGGGUGCUGCUCACGCACGCGUUUAUGCUACGCGUGGUCCGCCACGCCGGCGGCUGGCUGGAACAGCUCGCCAGCAAGGAGAUCUUGUAACGGAGGCGACCGCCGGUGGAGUGGGUACCGCAACUCGCCGGUAAUGAGAUCGUGUGACCGGAAUUGUCUGCGUGGUAACUGUAGAAGCUCGCCAGAAAGUGGUCAGAAAGUGGAAAGUGGUCUUGCGAGUGGUCUCCAAGGAAGUGGUCUCCAAGGUGGAAAGUCUCAUUAGACGACAUGGCACUUGGCAGGUGUGAGAGAUGUGGAGUUGGUUUGUCCUCGUCAGGCCAGAGUAACCGGGACGGAUGGCGAAUCGAGUGAUCUAGCCUGAUCCUGGUGUGAUGAGGGAGGAGGCAGAUCACUCGGCCGUAUACGGUCUCAGCUACACGGGCUAGUACAGUUUUGUGGAGCACACCUCUGCCUUUCGACUUUCAGGAAUGGGAGCUCAGAUAAUUGGCCAAUGGUUGGAGCGGCGUUUAGGUAACGUGGGUUGCCUCCGAUGGCGUCAUCAUUUGUUGGGAGUACGGCCAACUCUCAGGCCUCUGCCUGCUGGUUUGGUUUAGUAAUUUGACCCUGUUUGCAGGCGUGGUAUGCCGUGGCCAUUUGACCCGUGUGCACUGCCCUACUGUGCACUAUUGCCUAGUCUCCGACCGCAGAUUUCAGGGGUGUUGUAGGGACAGAGACCCCAGAUAGCGGUCACAUGAGCUUCUCUUUGUCCGUGCAAUAUUGUAUCGCUAACUCAGCGAGCUGGUCGUGAAGCUUGGAAGCAAAUCAACGAGAGGGGUAACCCUUUGAUUCACUCGCAGCUUAGCUUCUGAAAGGAUCGGCGCUUAGAACCAAUCGAGAGUGGAAAAGGUUACGAGAUAAUUUUGUCGCUCGUCGCGAUUUGGCUCCCAUUGUUAGUGGUCCCCGAGUGAUAGCUGGCAAUGGGCAUGCUGCCGCGCUGCGUUGAAAAGUGUAAUUGCACAUUCACUUCAUGAAUGCUACGUCUUGUUACGUGCGUACGUGCGUAAACCCAUUGCGAGACGUCACCCAUGAGCUUGUGUCAUAUCAGUUUGCGUUUGCGCUGUUUGGUUUGUUUUGCGCCUGGUUCGUUGCACAUUUCAGAAACGAGCCGCUCAUCAUAUGUAGUGCAGGAUUUGAUUGUGCCAUUGAGGCUAUGUGUGGAGCUUGUGUUCUGCCGUUUCAGGUGCCAUGUGAACACGAUUGAUGUAUUCGAUGAGAACCUUAUGUUUGCUCAAUACUUCUGCCCGAGAUGGACUCAACUUUUGUUAACGUUAAUUCAUGUGAAAUGAUAAAGUUCGAGAUCAGUUUGCCCCUGAACGCUUCAUGGUCUUGUUCGUUGCACAUGCUGGUCACUGAUGCAGCAUCUUUCCGUAGAGGCUAUCUGUGUUCAAAUCUAGAUACAUUCUAGCAGAAAUAUGAGCCCGUCUCUUGCCCCUAGCAUUGCAGUGGAAAGGCUGUGCUCACUGCCCCAGUCUUCGCCAUUACGGACUGAACGAUAGUGGGACUGUCUAACGCAGAUACUGCUCAAUGUGUCUUAGCAGAAGGCAAUACGAUGUGAAUAGGACGGCACUGACACAUGAUUCCUACCUUCAGCAAGGAAUACGUGUCUGCCAGCCGUUCACAUGCGAGUAAUCUCUGUAGUUUGUGCACUCCCCAGGCGUUUGCGCCGGGGCCGUAGUGGCUGCUUAGAAGUGUGGAUGCUAUUGUUGCGUGUUAUAGAUGAAUGGAUGUUUUACACCGAAUACACUUUUUAGUUACUCUA